AUGGAUCAGAAGAGUGAGAACAGACGGCGGUUCCAGGACAAGCAGCGGUUGAAGCGGGCCCACCAGACACCCAGUGACCGCAAGUACAGGAAACCUGUGGAGCAAGUACGAGAGGAGAAAGUACUGCCAUCCAAUCACGAGCGGUAUGUGGAUAUCCCGAUCGACCAAGGUGAGGAUAUCACCAAGUAUACAGAGCUGACUAAAAAAGUACGCGCCACCACAGAACCCCACACUGCGGGACCGGAACACCAGCAAUACACUUCCAGACAGAUUCAGAGUAUGGGCACCGAUGAGCUUAAUGCCCUUCUACGGAACAACGUGGUACAUAACGUAGAGAAUGAUGAUAAUUCACACGUACCAGCUGAGCAUAAACGUGAGAGACCAGGUACUCCGCAAGCAAAAGAAACGGUCAGUGUCAGUGUCAAUAAGCCGUCGUUAGUACCAGAGGAACUAGCUGGAGAUGAGUACUUCCUGGACUCUAUUCUAUAA